CAUCUGUCCAUUCCCCACACUCCCAGACCCCUUGUUGUACGGUGUUCCUGGGUUGCUGCCGCCUCGGCGUGUUCCAGGUACCUCUGUACUGUACCUCGAGCAAGGCACCGCAUGUUCCUGUAAUUCUUGUUCGCACUGCCCUGCCACCGUGAACGCUUUGCAAGUCCACCUUCAGACGACAAUCUUUUUUACCAUAAAAGCCUCAGCCCCCGCUGCCCGUUGAACCUUCUUUUGUUGUUUUCUCCUCCACUAUCGCCUUGUGCAUCGACAUUCUAUCUUCUCUUGUUAUCGAGUUUGCAUAACGUUUGUCACUUUCACCUACAAACCAACUCUCAUCCUCGCCGGAUCCCAUACCACUUUUUCAAAAACAACAACCCCCACAACUUCACAAAAAUGGCCGACCCAUCACAUAUCACCUACACGGAGAACUUGCAAAAGUUCCUCCGUCUGCCUCAGGGCGGCAAGAUUAUUGCCGAGUACAUCUGGGUCGACAGUGAGGGCGGUGUCCGCUCAAAAUCAAGGACUCUUGAUGCCAAGGACACCGAUUAUACUCCCGCUGAGCUUCCCAUGUGGAACUUUGACGGUUCCUCCACUGGCCAGGCUCCCGGCGAGAACUCGGAUAUCUACCUCCAGCCCGUUGCUGUCUUCCCCGACCCGUUCAGGGGUACCCCCAACAUUCUUGUUCUUGCCGAGUGCUUGAACAACGAUGGCACCCCCAACAAGUACAACCACCGCCACGAGUGCGCCAAGUUGAUGGAGGCUCACGCCGAGCACAAGCCGUGGUUCGGUCUUGAGCAGGAGUACACUCUGCUCGACCUCAACGACCGUCCCUAUGGCUGGCCCAAGAACGGUUACCCUGCUCCUCAGGGACCCUACUACUGCGGUGUCGGUGCUGGCAAGGUUGUCAUGCGUGACAUCGUCGAGGCUCACUACAAGUGCUGCUUGUAUGCCGGCGUCAAGAUCUCUGGCACCAACGCCGAGGUGAUGCCCGCUCAGUGGGAGUACCAGGUCGGCCCUUGCGAGGGUAUCGAGAUGGGUGACCACCUCUGGCUUUCUCGCUUCCUCCUCCACCGUGUGGCCGAGGAGUUCGGUGCCAAGGUCUCUUUCGACCCCAAGCCCAUUCCCGGCGACUGGAACGGUGCCGGUCUUCACAGCAACUUCUCCACCAAGGAGAUGCGUGAGGAGGGCGGCAUGAAGCACAUCGAAGCCGCCAUCAAGAAGCUCGAGAGCCGCCACGCCGAGCAUAUUGCCGUGUACGGCGAGGGUAACGAGAAGCGCCUUACCGGCCGUCACGAGACUGGCUCCAUCGACACCUUCUCCUACGGCGUCGCUAACCGCGGCGCCUCUAUCCGUAUCCCAAGGGAAUGCGCGGCCAAGGGUUAUGGCUACUUUGAGGAUCGCCGUCCCGCUUCCAACGCCGACCCAUAUCAAAUCACCGGUAUUAUCAUGGAGACCUGCUUCGGUGCUGUCUCUGAGUAGGAUUGAGGAUGAUGAUGGCUGCGUUUAUGAUAGACUAAUAAGUGGUUUUAUGGGCAUUUUGCGCGCGUUUUUGGUUUAGGCAUUUGGGAUAAAGGAAGGGUUGGUUUAUGGCGAGGUUGAGCGCUCGUUAUCUUUUUUUUUUGGGAAGGGAAUGGGAACGACACACACACACACACUACACAUGUUACAUAGAUU